ACAGUUUCCAAAAACGCUAAGGAAAAAAUCUUUAGAAUCGAAAUCGAACAAUUCAAAUACACACACAUACAUUUGUGUACCUAACCAAGUGAAAAGUGAGUGGAGUGAUGAGUGAAUCUCAGGCCUCUCAAGUGGAGGAGACCAAGGUGUCCGACGAAGAUGGCGUCAAAGAGAAAGCUGAGUCGUCUGCAGCCAAAGUUACUGAGGUAUCCGCAAUGGAAGUGGACACGGAUAUUGGUGGUGGUGGUGGGCCGCCCGGAAUACAGAUUCAAAGCGAUCUGGGGGACAAGGAGAAGUCGUCAACGACAGUGGACAUAAAUACCCUCACACCCUCCACGCCGUCGCAAACACCUCCCCAGUUGUUGGCCUCGGAAACAACCACUUCCGCCGUCACAGCCGUCAUCCCGGAGAACAUCCUGUCACCACCAAAGUCAGAGACCCAAACGGAUGAGACUAACACAGCCACGUCGACGUCGUGCUCGCCAGCAUCUGAGGGUCAGCGGUCGCCGGUGGCGGAGCAGUCACAGCUGCUGGUGUCAGUGCCAGCUCCUCCACCAAAGCAGGAGCAAACAGAGCCCUCAACGGCGGUUAACGGCUCCAUACCAAAGUCAGGGAAGCCCCUCUCCACGGCGAUUAGCAGCGCCAAAAAGUCGAGCAAAGCUGCGUCCACGUCACCACGCGCCUCCCGAGCCCGCAAGCCCAAGGCUCUGCCCAUGUACGAAAGUGAGAUCAGCGACAACAAAGUGGGUAUCAAACUGUGCAUCAAGAAAUCCGACGCCGGAGACGGUGCCCCAGCCGCCGCGACGCCACCCGUUCCCGUUUCACCUGCAGCCUCCAAGCCGGCACGUAAACGAGUCCGCAAACCAAAGCAAGCGGACAGCGACGAGAGUGAGUACGAGCCGCGCAAGAAGAAGGGCGGCGGUGGAGGAGGUGCUGGCGGUGGUGACAGUGGCAAUAGUCAGAAAAAAUCGUCGACAGAAGCGGCAGCAGCAGCCGAGCCUAUCGAACAAAGUGUUUGGGCCCAAAAACUGCCCGAGGAUGUCCUCUUCAGGAUCUUUGAGCAAGUUGUGGACAAGGAAGGCUGCCUGCCCACCCUGUUCCGGUUGGGACGAGUCUGUUCACUGUGGCGCCAGGUUUCGCUUAGGCCUACAUUGUGGCGCACCAUGGAUCUGACCACUUGGAUCAAGGAGAAGUAUCGUACUGAACUGAAGCUCAAGUGGUUUGUGGAUAACCGCUGUAGUGCCUGCACAGAGCUGAAUGUUUCAAAUUGGAAAAUAUCAGACAUAAAUUGCUUCUUAGCCAAGUUGUCCAGCGGUUGCCCGAAUCUAAUGGGAAUCACGCUGUCCGGCUGGAAAGGUUUCACAUCGGAUCACCUCACUUAUUUGGUGGACAAUAUGAAAAAAUUGCAGCGAUUAGACCUCAGCUCCAUAAAUGUUGAGAUGAAUGCCAGCAAAAGUGCAGUGGGGGUGAACUCGUUGUGCAAUGCUCUCCAGACCAUGGGCAGCCGUCUCACGCAUCUCUACUUGGCGCACAAUCGUCUGGCGGGAAUACCGCAAAUAGUUGGAAUUCUUUCGACGCACUGUCCGAAUCUGACGUUACUGGAUCUCUCGAAUGUGACCACUCAGGCCACAUCGCAUGGUGUAUUACAUAUUGAAAAGCUGCAGCACGGCUGCCAGAAGUUGAAGGUCCUGCGGGUGACCAACUCGCACAUAACACCAAGCACAGCAAGCAUGCAGGAAAUUAUGGAUUCGCCAGGAUUUCCAAAUCUAGAAGAGCUGUCUGUGGCCGCCUUGACGGAUGAGUCGCGCAUCAUUAGCGAUGAUCAUCUGCAGAGAAUCUUGAAGAGCAGCUCAAAGCUCAAGCUUUUGGAUGUACGCAACUGCACUAGGCUGACUCACGAGAGCCUAAUACGUCUGCCAGCCUGGGAUAUAAAGCAUUUAUUCCUAUCGGGCUGCUCCGUUACGCGAGACAUGGGGUCGGGCCUGGAGCUCAUCGCCUCGAAGUGGGCGCACAGCCUCAUCGAACUGGAUUUGGCCUGGGCGAACGUCCAACAGCCGAUAGACAAUGCCUUGCGUGCCCUCGCCGAAAAAGGCAGCGAAUCCCCAUUGGCUCAUCUGAACCUGUGCGGCUCAUCGGUGUCGGAUGAGGCAGUCAAGGAAAUACUAACGAAUUGCGUGAACAUGAGUUCCAUCAAUUUGGCAUCGUGCCGUGGAUUACCGCGCGGUGUCAAGCGCCUGAUGCAGGGUCCUCAGGAGCUGCACGAGCUGCGAGAAGUGCUUGGUGUGCAAUUAAAAGGCAGUAACAGCAUUAGCGGGAGCAACUAAUCCAGUCAGUGGCCAUGUCCACAAAUCGGUUUUAUUGUUGAUCAGGCGGGCCCAAGUUUAAAUGUAAUUUAAAUUGUUGCAUCCCUCUUGGCGCGACGGUCUUUUUGGGCGCUUUUGUUGAGUUUGUAAUGUAGUCCGCAAAAAAUGCAAUAUUUGCAUAUAUUUGCAAUCGCUUGCAUCUUCCAAUAAUGCUUAUCUUGUUUAUAGGCCGUAGAUUGUAAUUAAUGUACUAUUUUUUUUAGUAUUCUCCGCUCAUAAACGGCAGCUUUCCCUCCACCUCCCCUUAUUUUUUUCUGGAGGAUCGAGAUAGAUGCUUCAGCAUCGCCUGCUUGGCUGGACCUUUUGUAAAUGCAAUAUGUAUUCAUAAUUUAGUUUAUUCGAAUUUUAUUUGGCAGCGCAUAAAAAAGCAAAUCACUUGGCAACGAUUUUCGCCCCCCUUUUUUCAUAUAUAUAAUUUUAUAUAUAUAUAUAUAAUGAUUUACUAUUAGUUAAGUCCGACCAUUGAGUGUGUGUAAAGUAUGUAUACAAAAAUUUUAAGAUAAGUUUAAUAUGUACGUUUCGCAAUACAAACAAAAAAUUGAUAUAUAUAAUUACCAUAAAGUAGUUGUCAAUUCAAAAGUCGCUAAGGCAAUUGUAGGAUCUUUUAACCCGAUAGAAUUGUACAUAUUGGCGUUAGAGAACGUUCCAGAUUGAAUGUUUUUUUUAUAUAUAAAACAAAACAAAACAAAAACAAAAAUUAAUCAUUAAUAAAGCUAACGCAUAUACCACAACACACAUACAUAAACAUAAAUUAAAACAAUUCAAUUGUUAAGCAUUACUAGCAGUUAAGAGACGGCAAUUAAAGGUACAUUUAAUUUAAAAUAAACGCAAACAUUUUCAAUCCA